AUGGACCGGGCCUCCGACCCAAUAGCGCUGGCUGCUAUUGUUGGCCUUCUGCUCUGCGCACUCGUGGUCUCUCGCACUCGUCUGCAGAACAAACUCCCUCCAGGCCCGUCUCCCCUCCCGAUUAUAGGAAACAUUCAUCAGCUACCCUUGGAGAAUAGACACAAGAUCUUCGCCGAAUGGGCCAAGAAAUACGGAGAUAUAUUCUCUUUCAAUGUGUUCCACAAAUCAUUUGUGGUGAUCAGUUCCGUGCAAGCCGCCCAUGAUUUGCUGGAAAAGCGAGGCUCGAAAUACUCUGACCGGCCAAGGAUGGUCAUGCUGAAUGAAAUAAUGGGUUUUGAUCCUAUCAUAUCUAUAUUGCCAUACGGGGACCGGUGGCGGUUGCAUCGGCGAUGGUUCAGAGCGGCAUUCCAGACGCACACUGCAGAGCAACUCGAAACGUACCACAAUCUGCAAGAGACGGGGGCCCGGCGUCUGCUGUCGGUGUUGCUUGACACACCUGCUGAUUUUUUGGUGCAUAUAAAGAGAUAUGCUGGCUCAUCCAUGUUGGAGAUUGCUUACGGCCAUCCGUCAUCGUCUCCCGAUGUUGAAUUCAUGGAAUGGGCAGACAAGCUUAUCACGGACACAUUCCAAAUCGCCAGUGUAACUCUGAUAGACUUCUUUCCUAUGCUGAAGAACAUACCGAAUUGGAUGCCGGGAAAUGGACUCAAACGAAAGGCUUGUGAACUUUCAGGUAUGGUGAAGAUCAUGUUCGAUAAACCGUUUAAUCGGGCGCGAGAAGCACUGGCCGCCGGAUCCACCAAACCUUCAUUUUUAUCCGCAUUACUCGACGAGCACUCGCAGAAAGGUUCGAUAACUCCAGAGGACGAGUACAAUGUUAGGGGUGCCGCUGCUAUGGUUUACAUGGCUGGCAGCGACACGACGAUCUCCGUCAUGACGACAUUUGUGCUCGCCAUGGUGUUGUAUCCUGAGGUGUACCGAAAAGCACAGGCAGAAGUUGAUCGGGUGGUGGAGCAGUCCCGUCUGCCCACAUUUGAGGACAGAGCCUCAACGCCAUAUCUGGAGUGCGUCCUGAAAGAAGUAUACCGUUGGGGAUGCCCUUUGCCUUUCGUUAUACCACACCAGUUGUCAGAAGAUGACGAAUAUCGAGGUUACCACCUGCCGGCUGGAACUCUGAUUAUGCCAAACGUCUGGGCCAUGUUCCGCGACCCGGAGGUGUUUCCCGACCCGGACCGUUUCAUGCCAGAGCGAUUUGAGGGAUUCGAUUUUAGCUCUAAUCCGAAUGUACCAGAUCCAUCCAAAGCCGCGUUUGGCUUUGGUAGAAGACUUUGCUCUGGCCGGAGUUUCGGCGAUUCCACAGUUUGGCUGUUUGCCGCCAGCGUGCUGUCCACCAUGGACAUCUGCAAGGCAAAGGACGAAUUUGGCCGCGAAAUCACGCCUGAGCCGCUUUUUGUGGAUGGCUUGAUCAACCAUGCUCAGCCGUUCAAAUGCGAUUUUAAGCCGCGGUCGUCGCAAGCGAUAGAGACCAUUGUCUCGUCGAAUAAGGCCGACGCCGCGUAG